UGCGGAGCGAUGUAUAUAAUUAUGCUGCAUGCUAAAUUGGGUAUUUGCAGUUGGAUUUGCUAAGGUAUAUAGGUGGCUACUGAAGGACCGUCUUUGCUACUGAUUCAAGCAAUGGGCUGUCGACAUUCAAUGGAAUGUGAUGAAGAUGAUACAAACCCUCAAAAGAAGAUUCUAAUAAGAACAAGUAGCAGUGAUUCAUUUGCACCAACUUACACUGACGGACGAAAUGUUUGGAAUUAUACUUCAGACAACAGUAUCAAUCACACAUACAAACUUCAUCUAUCUGACACAAAAGCAAGGAUUAAGCGAGUUCAUCCUAGCUUUCUGACAGUUCGUGAAGACGAAGGGGGGGUGUGCAGCACGCCAUACUUCACUACCCGCCAGGAAAAUCAACGUCGAUCGUUUCCACAUUACCACCAGUCAUUUGAUUAUGAUGGCAAGGAUCCAUUUUUUAAUUUGAGUUUCAAAACAGUUACCGACCGCCGAAACACAACCUGCUAUUUUACAGUCAAUAUGGGGCCAUCUUUUGGAGGUGUAACAACAACCGCUGAGGCGCCUCCCACUAAUACUUACACAUUUCAGAAGCUUGACGAGGAUGACUCUCAAAUUAGCUGUAGUGUGUUGCAAGAAGUAGUACAGAAGUAAUGUGCAGAUUACUGGACUUUUUGCUAUUUUAUGUAAAAAUGUACUUCUGCUAUUAUAGUGUAUAUACAUAUUAUGUAUUAUAGUUGUUAUGCACCCUGAUUGAAAUUCCUUGAAACGUCAACUUUGUGUUGUACAGUACAUGUACCUGUUGACCUUUCAAUCAGAGUAUUAGCCUACAGGGUAUGUUUAAGGUGUAAACUGUUGA